GUGACAUUAUCAUCUACUAGGUUACGUGAAGAGUUAAAGAGAAUAAACACGGACGAAGAAAUGUGAUUCGCUUUCACUUAAAGAGUCUACCACUGCGGCUGUUUGACGAAAACAUAAGGCAAUGUAAGGCUCUGUUGAGAAAACGGAACUUUUAAACAUUUUUGUGUUGUUCCCCUUUGAGGAAGUGCUCGUUAAAGACUGGCAUAUUCAUUACAAACAGACCCGUCAAACAAUGAACUACGUGGGCCAGCUCGCAGGUCAGGUGUUCGUCCAGGUCAAAGAGCUGUACCGAGGGCUCAACCCCGCAACGCUCUCUGGCUGCAUCGACGUCAUCGUUGUGAGACAUCCCGAUGGCUCGCUGCAUUGCUCGCCCUUCCAUGUUCGCUUUGGCAAAAUGGGCGUCCUACGGUCCCGGGAGAAAGUGGUUGACAUGGAAAUCAAUGGAGAACCAGUGGACCUGCACAUGAAGCUGGGCGACAAUGGAGAGGCAUUCUUUGUGCAACAAACAAACAAUGAUCAGGAAGUGGUUCCCUCCUACUUGGCUACUUCUCCCAUCUUGUCAGAUGCUGCCUUUUCAAUGUGCUCCCCGCUGAUGGCGAAGAGCUCAGGGCCUCCUGUACAGAUCCUGGGCUCCUUAGGGAGCGGUGAGAGCAGUGGCGCAGUAACAAAGAAGAGGAGGAAGAGGAGGAGGAAGAGUCGGGCAGACAGCACAAGGAGGGAGGAGAGUGGAGACUACUCAGCAGAUGAAGACAUGUUUUCAAUAGACAUCAGUUCUGAUGAAGAGGCUGAAAUGGAGAGCAGCAGGUCUUUAUCAAGGGACGCCUUGCAAGAAGAAACAACUGUGGCUUCAGGCAUCUGUUCUUUUAAACAGGCUGGGCUCUACACUCGUUCAGAUGGAGAGUGGAGCCCGAUUCAUAGUCGUGAUAACUCUCGCCCCACCUCUCCAAAGAGCGACUCAGAGCUGAUCACCAAUCAUUCAGAAGCAGACAGUCAGAAUCCAGCCAUGCACUGGGCUUGGGGAGAGCUGCCCCAGGCUGCUGCGCCUUCAUUUCUCUCGCUGAAGCCUGUCGGGCCACAUGUUUUCCCCAUAUCCGUUCCCGUGUCCAAAAAGACACAUUUCCGAGCGAUCCGUCAUCAGACAUCUUCAGACCAGUGUGCGCCGAGCUCUAAAAUACAAGCUCCCUCUUUGCCGAUUGAGGAGGAAGCUGAGGUCAAAAGGGGAACGCCGGACCCGGUCACGAUGGAAUCAGAAUCCAUGAGGAUGGAGACUCAGACGCUACCUUCAGAGGAAACGGCGGCUUGUGCAUCCAGCAAAACAGACUCUCCAUCAAAGAAAAAGGACAAAAGAAGCCGCCAUCUUGGUUCCGACGGAAUUUACUUGGACGACAUUACGGAGUUGGAGCCUGAAAUUGCUGCUCUUUAUUUUCCUAAGAGUGAGAGCGCUUCAGCCAUGAGAAGUAUCUCCGACCCGGGGCUCCACAGCACCAGCCUGUCCCCACAGUGUGUGAGCUCGGGGGGAGACAGCGGUGUGGACAGCUACUGUGACCCCAUGUCUGACAUGCCAUCAAUGGCCAUCUCCCUGUGUGGGGGGCUCACUGACAACAAGGAGAUUACUAGAGAGCAAUUCUGUGAUAAGAUCGUCUCCUUUCAGCAAUUUGCAGAAAACCCCUCCAUCAUAGACGACCCAAACUUAGUUGUUAAAAUCGGUUCAAAGUACUAUAACUGGAGCACCGCAGCCCCACUUGUGCUCGCCAUCCAAGCCUUUCAGAAACCUCUGCCAAAGACCACAGUGGAGAACAUCAUGAAGGAAAAGAUGCCUAAGAAAGGAGGGAGGUGGUGGUUCUCGUGGAGAGGCAGGAAUAACAAUGCAAAAUCAGAUUCAGCCACUGAAUGUGGGGCUUGUGGUGCUGCUGAGGUUGGCGAAAUGAAAAGCAGACUGAAAGAAGAGUCAUCAUCGAGCGACGAAGAUCACAUUGCAGCCAAUCAAAGCUCCCCCGUCAUCCAGUCAGAACCUGGGGUCUCUUCAGGGGGCGUGUCUUACAAGAAAACUCUCCGCCUCACGUCAGAGCAGCUGCUGUCCCUGCAGUUGCAGGAUGGUCCUAAUGAUGUUGUGUUCAGUGUGACCACUCAGUACCAGGGAACUUGUCGCUGUCAGGGAACCAUCUACCUCUGGAACUGGGACGACAAGAUAAUCAUCUCUGACAUAGAUGGAACCAUUACCAGGUCAGACACGUUGGGUCACAUCCUGCCCACACUGGGGAAAGACUGGACUCACCAGGGAAUUACACAACUCUACCACAAAGUCAGCCAAAAUGGCUACAAGUUUCUAUACUGUUCAGCUCGAGCAAUCGGCAUGGCUGACAUGACCAGAGGCUACCUCAACUGGGUCAACGAGAGAGGCACCAUGCUUCCCAUGGGCCCCGUCCUUCUCAGCCCAUCUAGCCUUUUUUCAGCUCUGCACAGGGAGGUGAUUGAGAAGAAACCUGAGAAAUUCAAAGUGGAGUGUCUCACAGAUAUCAGACACCUGUUUUACCCAAAUACAGAACCUUUUUACGCAGCAUUUGGCAACAGACCCACGGAUGUGUAUUCUUAUAAGGAAGUAGGGGUGCCACUGAACCGGAUUUUUACAGUAAAUCCUAAAGGGGAGCUAGUGCAGGAGCAUGCUAAGACUAACAUCUCAUCGUAUGCACGUCUUAGUGAGGUUGUAGACCACGUGUUCCCCCUCAAGAUGCGAUCCUGCUCCUCAGACUUCCCCUGCUCAGACACCUACAGCCAUUUCACAUACUGGAGGGAGCAGCUCCCCCAAGUGGAACAGGAGGAAACUACAAGUCCACAGACUACACGCUCCGGCAGCUGAUUCCCACCUGAACAUCACCUGCAAAAAGAGCUCUGAAUGACUUAUAGUGUGCUUGAGAUGUAGCCGUGAUGUGGACAGUGAUAGUUCCUUGUGAUGUAUCUGAUUAUAGGUCAAGUAUUGUUUUUAUGCACUUUCAUGUAGAGACAACCAACAAGGGCAAUCUUCUGUUUAGUCUUAAGAGCAAAAGGUGCACUUUGAUCAAAAAUACUGGAUGUGUAUAUUUAGAAUUAAUUAUCAUGUAUGUGUUCAGGCAGCUUAGUAGAGUUUUUGUUUUGGAGAUUACCUUAUUUCAAUGGUUAGACUUUCUAUUUAUUUCAAUAGAUGCACUGUGUGAGCUCGCAGUCCAGCUGUGCAAGUUACUCAAAUGUGUGCCAAAGUUUGACUGAUUCCAGGUGCUGUUUGCUGAAAAGUUGCGAUGUAACAUUUCUGAAAACAAGGUUAAAAAAAAUCAUCUAUGUAGCUGAAGCACAACACUAUUAGCUGUAGCCAAUAGCUCCCUGUAAUGUUUUAUCUGUGAGAUGAUUUGUUGAAUAGUGUUUAUUUUUCUAUCCGAACCUGUGUGGCAUGUGUUCAGACGUCUUUUAUAUCAGUUACAACUAAAACAACCUUAUUCUGUCCAAUUUAUCUCCUGUAAUUAGCUACCUGACUGGUGCAAUUUAAAAGAGACCUUAACGUUGUGUGGCUUUUUAUUGCAGCAUCUAAAGAAAGACAGCUGGUCACAGUUUGGACAGGAAUGUUUGAAUGUUUUUCUGUGUAGUAAUUUUUUAAAUUUUUUUUUAUCUGACUACAAGAAUGCAAGAAGGAACAACUGUUGUAGCAUGUUUUCUGGACAGGUGUAUACCUGAGCUGUGUAAAAGCAUCAAGCCUGCAGUAUUAUGAGAGAGGAUGUGUGAGGACUGUGAUAAAUGUUUUUAUUGUUUUUAUUCUUUCCAUGAAAGAGCUAAAACGGAUUGACAUUCUUUUAAUCUUUGCCUCAAACUGAAACGCUUCCCCUACUGGCCUCCACUGACCAGUUUAUUGUCAAAGUGGUCUCAUUAAACAUAUUAAAUUACACUGGUA